UAUGUGUAUAAUCUGUGAUAUUGUUGGAACGCACUUAUUGUCUGUCUUCGGUUUGGAUUUCCAUUGUCCAACGCAUAAUUGUCAUAUUAAAUUUCAUUAUGAAGUUUAGAGGCAAAAUGACAGAUAUCAUAUGUAUGAAGCAAUUUGCUAAUAUAAUUGUCACUAUAGCAAAAUUAUCAAAAUUGUGUGUUGUACGACUUACAAAGGACUUCAUGUACUUUAUCAUUGUGGAAGAAAAUGUAACUGUUGGAAAACCCAUGGUCUGGAGUGUAUUGGAACAAACACACUUUUUUAAUGAAUACAACAUGGCUGGAGUUUCAGAAGAACAAAAUGAAAUAUAUCUUGAAUUUGAGACAGAUGUCAUGGCCAGAUCUUUGAGCUCACUCAGGGUUUCUCAUGGAGCUAGAUCAGUAAAAAUGAAACUCACCAAUAAGAAGUCACCUUGCUUAACUUUUGAAAUACAGUUGUCAGAAUUGUCACAUUCCCGGUUUUGUGUCCAUGAUAUUCCAGUUACUGUAAUACCUCGCAGGGAAUGGAUUAUGCUACAAGAACCUCAGGUCACAAACUAUAAUGUGAGCAUUCAGUUGCCAGGUCUGAAGCUCCUACGUACUAUCGCAGAGAGAAUGAAAGCCUUAAGUUCAUAUAUUGUCUUGUUGGCCAAUCGUGAAGGAACUUUAAUCCUUAAGGUUGAAACACCAGAAGCUACAGUGUCUACACAUUUUAAAAAUCUCACCGUGGAAGACAGUGGAGGAGAUGAAGAAAAUGAUGAAUUCUUCUCGGCUCGAGUGGAUAUCAAGAAGUUCGUUCAGUUCCUUAUGAGUGAACAAGUUAACCCUAACAAGGUGCUAUGCAAGAUCGUAGAUGAUAAAAUGGUGGCCAUGUUCUUAGUACAUGAAGACAUUGUAUUGCAUUACUUUUUACCUGUAGUAGCUGUAUAAAGGAAAUGUUCAUACUGUAAUUUGUAACUAUUUACAGAAGAUUCUAUAAACCAGUAUUACUCGCCGUA